AUGGUUGUCAAGAUCCGCCUCGCCCGCUUCGGGCGCCGAAACCAGCCAUUCUACAACAUCGUCAUCGCCCACGCCCGGACGGCGCGCAACUCCCGCCCGCUCGAGGUUAUCGGCACGUACGACCCGAUCCCCAAGCCCGAUCCGUAUGACAACUCCGGAAAGCUUCACAAGGAUAUCAAGCUCGACACACAGCGUGCGAGGUACUGGAUUGGUGUUGGUGCACAGCCCACCGACACGGCAUGGCGGUUACUCUCAAUGGUCGGCAUCCUGCCAAAGAAGCAGUUUGGGCCCAAGCAGGACCAACAGAAGGGCACCGUGAAGACAGAGGAGGUCAAGGUUCGUUGA